GUCGCAGCUCGCUCACUGCGCGUCUGCAGCGCAACAUAAAAGAAAACAAUGCACAGGAAGGGGACAGCUGGAGCUCUCCACACAGAGUGAUCAUGGCCGGUCGGUGGCGAGACGGUGCUCGCGUGUGUUCGGGAGAGCAGGACGGUGGCCUCAAACCGGCACGAAAGCUCCGCCAGCAGCAAGAACCGGGCUCAGACACAGGGGACGCGACGGAGCCGCCGCGGGGACUGCCGCGAUGGAUGCGGCUUUACUUCUACGGGAUGCACGGCGUGACUCUGGAUGUACUGCUGUCAUCCUUACAGGGGCUUUUGCACUCACGGGACCCUAAGCUGAUGGGCUUUUCCUCUCCGUAUCUUUGCAUCAUGCAUUCGCUGACCCAUUUUGCGCUGGAAAAGAUCUACUCACAGAAGAGGUGCUUCCGAGGUCGGCCUGUGGUGUUUCAUCUUGUUUUCUACCCGUCCAUCUACAUCGGGCUGCAGAUUCUGAUCGGAAACAUUAACACUUUGGCCGAGCAAGUGAGGGUGGUUUCUGGGACUCAGCUGGUAGUGCAUUACAUCCUGGCUCUCUACUUCUCUCAGGUGUUUCACAGAGAGCUGUCACAUCUACAGUAUCGCCCAUCAUUGUCCGCCGACCUCCAGCUGGAAGGCAGACCUCCGCACGGUCUUCCCGGCUUUGCGCGCUUCUUAUUCUUCGGGAUGCACGGCUUUCUGGACGAGGUCAUUUUCACCUCUCUGUUCAACCUGGUGGAGAAGUCUGACAGGACCCUCAGCGGUCACACGUCCCUGUGGUCUUUCCUGAUGUACGGAAGCUGCAGCUUCGUGGUGGAGAAGCUCUACCUUUACCUGCACUUCAGCCUGGGCUGGGGGACCUGGCGACGGCUUCCCAUCUACAUCUGCUUCAUCUACACGUGGGAAUUCUCGUGGGGUCUGGUCCUGAGGCAGUUUAACGCUUGCUCUUGGGAUUACUCCCACUAUCCUCACAACUUCAUGGGACUUAUCACCCUGCUCUACCUGCCCGGGUGGAUCUGCUUGAGUCUCUAUCAAGACGUGCUGUCCAAUUUCCUGCUGAGAAUCAAGUGCACCAAAGAUGUGCAUGAUUUAAGUGAAGAGAAUGGAGACGUCAAUGGACAACUGGAGCCAAACAAAAAGCAACUUUAAUUCUAAGUUUGAUGGUUGCAAACUUAUAUAUAAGUGAGGAAGAAAUACAACCUUCUAAUUUAAUAAGGGACAUCAUAUUUAUUAUCAGGCAGUAAAUAACAAAAAUCUUAGUCUACGUUACACCUUCUAAAAAUGAACAUUUGUCCAUAUAUCAAAAUAUUGAUAGCACUUUAUAAUACAGUCCACGAUCAAGGGUGUAAUAGACUUAAAUGGAAUUUACAUGUAGACAAACUUGAAUAGGAGGGUAAUAAUUCAACUUUUUUUUUACAGGAAAGCAGAAAAAUGUUCUUAAGUACUGCAUUUGUAAUUUAAGUAGUGCACAACAUCUGGGUAUUUUACAGGAAAUGAGAUAGAAAUCAAUCAUUUUAAGUAGUGCAUUAUUUCCAUGUAUUUUAGUGAACAAAAAAGAUCCAAAUUUUAUUCUAUAAUUAUGCUCUACUUUUUAUAUUGAUAUUGUGAAUUGCAUUGGUGUGCCUCAGAGUAUAAGUGGGCGGGUCGAUCCAAAUACUGUUAGAUAUAAUAUCGAAGCUAGUAUUGGUGUUGGAUUGAUACUAGUGUGAUAGGAUUGAUAUUUUGUUUCUAGGUUGGACUCCAAGGAAAAGUAAACACCAGCCCGAUUACUCUAUUGUUAAAAGAUCACAUGGGCCACCUGUGUGGCCUGCAGUAUUUGCAACUUUUAGUUUUUUCAUCUAAGUGGGAAAGGUACUUUUAUAGGUAAUAUAAAUAGACAAUUGAAUAUAAUCCAGAAACAAAUGCAAAAAGUACAGCCUAUUUACAGUACAGGAUGGCUAAACUCAGAGAAAAAGAAAAUACCUGGACAUAAUAGACUACUUAAAAUUAUAAUUAUUUCUUCUUUCCUGUAAAAACUUGACUUUUUAGCUCUAAUUCUAGUUUAUCUACUGCUAAGUAUUUACUAAGGUAAAUAAUAGGUAUAAUAGGUUAAGGAAGUGGUGCAUUACUUAAAAUUACUUGUAUUAUCAUUUGUGUGUUUACCACUAUCAUUCAUGCAGUACCUAAAAUUAUAUACAGUAUAAUUAUUUCUUCUUCCCUGUAAAAACUUGAAUUAUUACCCCUAAUUCUAAUGAGUCUACUACUAAUUAUAUCUAGAUUAAUAUAAU